AGCACUGCGUGAAGCUGGCAUCAGAGCAGGUCGAUGCACACACCGGAGGCUGACAGCGCACAGCGGCACAUCGGCUCCACGUCCACGUCCACGUCCACGCGAGUGAUAAUGACGGCCCCGUGCAUGUGCUCUCAUAACUUCAUUCCUUGAGACGCGUCGUUCCACUGAAGGACCACAGCUCUUCCCGCACUGACGUUUGGUGACAAUGACGAAAUAAGCCGCAUCCUGUGCCCACUCAACCCUCCAACCCCCCCCCCCCCCCCAGUCAAAGUUCAAAAAGUGCCUCCUCCUCCUCCUCCUCCUCCUCCUCUUCCUCCUCCGUGAGCCCACUUCCAGCCAACUAGAAAAGAGGUUCCACCCGUCGGCCCCUCGGUUCGCUUUAUCAAAUGCCCAAAAACGGCAAGGCCGUCAAGAGAGAGCUUGACGACGAUGUCACGGAGUCCGUCAGGGACCUGCUCUCCAACGAGGACGCCUGCGACGACUCCUUCAAGAAGAGCUCGCUGAUCGUCGGCGGCCAUGGCGGCGUCGGGAAGGAGUGCGACGUGGAGGAGGGGGGCUCGGGCGGCGAGGAGGAGGAGGAUGAGGAGGAGGAGGAGCGCCCGGCCUGGAACAGCAAGCUGCAGUACAUCCUGGCCCAGGUGGGCUUCUCCGUGGGGCUGGGCAACGUCUGGAGGUUCCCCUACCUGUGCCAGAAGAACGGAGGGGGUGCGUACCUGGUGCCUUACCUCAUCCUGCUGAUCCUGAUCGGCAUCCCGCUCUUCUUCCUGGAGCUGGCCGUGGGGCAGCGGAUCCGCCGCGGCAGCAUCGGCGUGUGGAACUACAUCAGCCCCCGCCUGGGGGGCAUCGGCUUCGCCAGCUGCAUGGUGUGCUUCUUCGUGGCGCUCUACUACAACGUCAUCAUCGGCUGGAGCCUCUUCUACUUCUCCCAGUCCUUCCAGCAGCCUCUUCCGUGGGACGAGUGUCCUCUCGUCAAGAACAAGACCAGCACAUACCGGGAGCCGGAGUGCGAGAGGAGCUCGGCCACCACCUACUACUGGUACCGCGAGGCCCUGAACAUCUCCGACAGCAUCUCCGAGGGCGGGGGGCUCAACUGGAAGAUGACGGUGUGCCUGCUGAUCGCCUGGUCCAUGGUCUGCCUCGCCAUGAUCAAGGGGAUCCAGUCUUCUGGGAAGGUGAUGUACUUCAGCUCCCUGUUCCCCUACGUGGUGUUGAUCUGCUUCCUGGUCCGCGCUCUGCUCCUGAAGGGCUCCGUGGACGGGAUUCGACACAUGUUCACGCCCAAGUUGGAGAUCAUGUUGGAGGCCAAGGUGUGGCGAGAGGCCGCCACCCAGGUCUUCUUCGCCCUGGGCCUCGGCUUCGGCGGCGUCAUCGCCUUCUCCAGCUACAACAAGCGGGACAACAACUGCCACUUCGAUGCCGUGUUGGUGUCUUUCAUCAAUUUCUUCACCUCCGUGCUGGCCACCCUGGUGGUGUUCGCCGUGCUGGGCUUCAAAGCCAACAUCAUGAUCGACAAGUGCGUGACGCUAAACACCAACAAGAUAGUGGGGUUGUUGGGGACUGACAUUGAAAGAAGCCUGAUCCCCCACCACAUCAACCUCACUCACGUCGACCAAGUCAGCGCUGAAGACUAUCAUCAGAUGAUCGAGAUCAUCAAAGACGUGAAGGAGGACCAGUACCAGGCGCUGGGGCUGGAUCCCUGCAGCAUUGAGCAGGAGCUCAACAAGGCGGUCCAAGGCACAGGCUUGGCCUUCAUCGCCUUCACCGAGGCCAUGACCCACUUCCCGGCCUCGCCCUUCUGGUCCGUCAUGUUCUUCCUCAUGCUGGUCAACCUGGGCCUGGGCAGCAUGUUCGGCACCAUCGAGGGCAUCCUCACUCCGCUCAUCGACACCUUCAAAGUCCGCAAGGAAUUCCUCACAGUGGGAUGCUGCGUGUUGGCCUUCUCCAUCGGCCUGGUGUUCGUCCAGCGCUCGGGGAACUACUUCGUGGCCAUGUUCGACGACUACUCGGCCACGCUGCCUCUGCUCAUCGUGGUGGUCCUGGAGAACGUGGCGGUCGCUUGGGUCUACGGGAUCGACAAGUUCUUUGAAGACCUGAAGGACAUGCUGGGCUUCACGCCGUACCGGUUCUACUACUACAUGUGGAAGUACAUCACGCCCACCCUGCUGCUGGUGCUGCUGUGCGCCAGCUUCAUCCAGCUGUCCAUGACGCCGCCCAGCUACAGCGCCUGGAUCCAGGAAGAGGCCAAGGAGCAGACGCUGGCCUUCCCCCCGUGGGGCAUCGUGGUCUGCAUCUCCCUGGUGGUGAUGGCCGUCAUGCCCGUGCCCGUGGUCUUCGGCCUGCGCUACUUCAACGUCAUCGACGACGGCGCCAGCGGCCGCUCCGCCGUCUCCUACAAGAAGGGGCGCAUCAUCAAGGAGGCGGCCGGGCCGGGGGGGGCGGAGGACGACGACGCCAGCCUGAUCCGCGGCAGGUCGCCCAGCGAGGCGCCGUCGCCGAUGCCCGGCAACAACAUCUACCGCAAGCAGAGCGGCGCCGGCGCGGACACCGCGCCCAACGGCCGCUACGGUAUCGGCUACUUGAUGGCCGACAUGCCGGACAUGCCCGAGUCGGACUUAUAGACUGACCACCCCCCACGCCCCCCCCCCCCCCUCUGUGUGCGUUUAGUUGGCCGUAUCAUAAAUGUAUAUUUCACUUGUACUGUAUAUUCUCUGUAGAUAUCGUAGCUGCUCUUAUUUGUCGUCUCUGAACCUUUAACAUAAACUAUCCACCUUAAAAAAAGAAUCAAGUCUAAAAAGAAGUGAACGUCGUCCUUAAGGCGCCUCGUUCCUCCCUGCCACCUCGUAGCUCCCUGCCACCUCGUUCCUGCCACCUCGUAGCUCCCUGCCACCUCGUUCCUCCCUGCCCCCUCGUAGCUCCCUGCCACCUCGUAGCUCCCUGCCACCUUGUUCCUCCCUGCCACCUCGUAGCUCCCUGCCACCUCGUUCCUCCCUGCCACCUCGUAGCUCCCUGCCACCUCGUUCCUCCCUGCCACCUCGUAGCUCCCUGCCACCUCGUUCCUCCCUGCCACCUCGUUCCUCCCUGCCACCUCGUAGCUCCCUGCCACCUCGUUGCUCCCUGCCACCUCGUAGCUCCCUGCCACCUUGUUCCUCCCUGCCACCUCAUAGCUCCCUGCCACCUCGUUCCUGCCACCUCGUUCCUCCCUGCCACCUCGUAGCUCCCUGCCACCUCGUUCCUGCCACCUUGUUCCUCCCUGCCACCUCGUAGCUCCCUGCCACCUUGUUCCUCCCUGCCACCUCAUAGCUCCCUGCCACCUCGUUCCUGCCACCUCGUUCCUCCCUGCCACCUCGUAGCUCCCUGCCACCUCGUUCCUGCCACCUUGUUCCUCCCUGCCACCUCGUAGCUCCCUGCCACCUUGUUCCUCCCUGCCACCUCAUAGCUCCCUGCCACCUCGUUCCUGCCACCUCGUUCCUCCCUGCCACCUUGUAGCUCCAUGCCACCUCCUCCCUGCCACCUCGUAGCUCCCUGCCACCUUGUUCCUCUUCUACCACGGAGAUCAGUGGCGAGCAAUGAGGUGGACGCCCCACCUCGGCCUGAGAGCAGGAGGGAGUGGGGGGGUUAGUGUGAGGUCAAGAGGUCAUGUGUAGGACUGCGCCGUAGAUCAGAUGUGAAAUAUGGUUGUGUACAUUAUGACGCCCGCCCCCCCCCCCCCGUCCCCCAGGGCCAAAUGUCCCGGGGUCAGUAACAUUUCAGCCGCUUCCAGGUUUUUUUCCAGGUCCAACCAUUCCCAGGAUUGUUUGAUAAAGUGUGCCUGAGUCAUUUAUAUUUGUUUAUAGAAUACAUGAGACGUUGUAUAUUUAAGGUAUUCUGUAAAUAUAAUAUAAAUAUUAUAAAUAUAUUUAUCUUGAUAGUUUGGAUAUCAGAACACCAGGUUUUUUCAAGGUUCAGAAGUACUUCAAGUCCUUAACUCUUGUCUUUGUUUUUUACUAAUGUGCUGUCAAUGUUUGUGAGGACCGACUCCUCCUUGUAAAUAAUUUUUCCAUGAAAUGGCUUAAAAUGCAAUGUCCUCUCCCCCCCCCAUAAAAAAUUAAAGAUCAAAAAUGGUC